GCAUUUGGCUUCAUCGCCACAUUCCUACUGGCUGUCAGCAUAUGGACAUCCUAUAAGGUCACAUGUGGUUCCCAGCCAACCAGUGCUUCUGUGUAAAACGGAUCUAUCAUUUCUUCCCCUGAAGUACCAAGAUGACUUCAUUGUCAGUGUGCUGUGCGACAGUAACUUCUUACCCCAACAACUGGCCCGGGGCCCAUUAAACAAUCAGAACUUCAGCUUAGCCCGAGACUGGUUUCACUUCAGGAUAGCUACAAGUUAGCCAGUUAACUUUGUUAAACACUCUAUUUUGUACAGUUUACAAAGAAAGCUUAAAGUAAUUUCUCCUUCUUUGAGAUACACGACCGGUCAGUUGUUAGGGAUAAGAAGUCACCUGUGUGUGCUCUGAAGAGCAGACAGCUGUUGUUUCAUGUAAGUGCCUCCAUAGUGUUUAAACUAAGGGCUAGGCUGAGAACCAGACCAAACCACCCCUCCAUCUUCAAUGGUCGCUAUUUCAAUGCUUUGAAAUCAAAAGAGGACAUAAGCUGUUUUUCAGUGUUGCCCAGAAGAUUUUUAGAGUUCGAUAUGUCAAUGCCACCCCUGUUUACAUUAUUUAUUUGAGAGCAAAUUUUUAUGAUAAAGUUUUGUGCUUUUAUGUUCACGCUUACUACUGUCACAGUAUUAUAGGCUGCUUUUGAGAAGAAUAUAAUCAUAAAAAGGUCAACCUUUAGCCUCACACUAUCACAUGUAUUUAAACAUCUCUUCUUUAUCUGAUGUGUUUGACUUUGUAUAUGGGUUUAUAUUUCAAACAUGCUUUUGUUUGACUGAAGUAAAAGGGAAACUCAACAGCA